GCGGGCGUGAGAAUCCUUUUUGCAGCCAAAGUCAGUAGUGAAGUACUGAGUCCCUGGCUAAGAAUUUGCAUUUCCUGCAGCGAACCAGAGGCCUCUGAUUUUUUUUUUUAAUUUUUUGCAAGGUCUAAGUGUAGCAGUUACGUCACGAUAACUGCAUUUUAACCAAUAGCCCCUUUUCUCGUUGCCCUGCACCGUUCCUCUCAGUGCACACCUGAGGAGCGACGCCUUCCAAACGUUUACAGCCUUUGUUUAACAAAGCAGCGAAAUGGCAAUCGAUGGGUUCCUGCCUCUUGGGAGGAAAGCUGGGGAGGCGGUGCGCGACUUGCAAAAUGAAAAAAACAAAAACCACAACAACAACAACCAAAACCCAGUAAACAGCGCUCCAGCCCAAGGAUCAGCGGCGGCAAAGCUGGUCACCGUGUUGCACGAGGAGGGGUUGUAUUUUCUGGUGCAUGGGUGGAAAGGAGGCCGGGGCGCUAUCCGGGGUGCAGGAGCAAUUGCAGCGGCCCCGUUAACUCCUCUCUCGUGUUCUUCACUAUGUUUACUUCCGUUUCUCUCGCUGCUAGUAGCGCCUGUUGUGCUGCAGCGCCGACCUGCUACGCUACAAGCCCAAGUCCCCGUCCCCGCUAGCCGUGCUCGCUGCCCCGCCUCUUCGCUUUGGCGGGAAAGGCGGAGCCCUCUUAUAAAAGCAGCUGUGCAGGGAGCCUGCUUGCUCUGUGCAGUGCCGAAAGGGAGGGAGACGGGCUCGCACGGUAGCCGCCGCGGUGCCGCCUCCCCGCCAAGCGCCCCCCCCCGCCCUCGCGCCGGCCGGCGGGCGCUUGAAACUAGAGCGAGCGAAGUUCAGCCUGCCCCGGACGCGGCGGCGCUGCCUUGGGACUUACAAUUCCGUGCGCGAGGGGCUGGCGCUUCUCCUCCCUGCUGCUUUGGGGGGGGGGAUAAUUAUUGCGGGACGGGUGGGGUCGUUUGUCCCCCUCCGCUUUUUUUUUUGAGCCGUCUUUAGUCCGUCGCCCCCCUCCUCUCUUUUCUGCCCCCCCCCCCGCUGCAUUUCCGAGCCGGUGCAUCGGAGGAACCGGCACCAGCCGCCGCGAUGCCGCUGACCUCGACCCUCCCCAGCAAGAACUACGAUUACGACUACGACUCGGUGCAGCCCUACUUCUACUUCGAGGACGAGGAGGAGAACUUCUACCUGGCGGCGCAGCAGCGGGGCAGCGAGCUCCAGCCGCCCGCCCCCUCCGAGGACAUCUGGAAGAAGUUCGAGCUGCUGCCCACGCCGCCCCUCUCGCCCAGCCGCCGCUCCAGCCUGGCCGCCACCUACUUCCCCUCCACCGCCGACCAGCUGGAGAUGGUGACCGAGCUGCUGGGGGGAGACAUGGUGAACCAGAGCUUCAUCUGCGAGCCGGACGACGAGGCCUUCGUGAAAUCCAUCAUCAUCCAGGACUGCAUGUGGAGCGGCUUCUCCGCCGCCGCCAAGCUGGAGAAGGUGGUGUCCGAGAAGCUGGCCUCCUACCAGGCGGCCCGCAGGGAGGGGGCCGCCGGCUCCCGCCUCUGCCCGCCGCCGCCGCCGCCGCCCUCGCAGCCGCCCGGCCUGGCCCCCGCCUCCGCCAGCGCCUACCUGCACGACCUGGGCGCCGCCGCCGCCGACUGCAUAGACCCCUCCGUGGUCUUCCCCUACCCGCUCAGCGAGAGAGCCUCCAAGCCGGGCUCCCCGAGCUCCAGCCCGGCUUCCCUGCUGGGCGAUGACACCCCGCCCACCACCAGCAGCGACUCGGAGGAAGAACCAGAGGAAGAUGAGGAGGAAAUUGAUGUUGUGACAACAAGUGAAUCUGAAUCUAUCACACAACCCACAGAAGAGCACAGUAAGCCACACCACAGUCCACUAGUUCUUAAGCGGUGUCAUGUCCCCAUCCAUCAGCACAAUUAUGCUGCUCCUCCCUCCACCAAACUUGAGUAUCCUUCAGCAAAAAGGAUAAAGUUGGACAAUGGUAGAGUUCUCAAACAAAUCAGUAAUAACCGAAAGUGCUCAAGUCCCCGCACAUCAGACACAGAAGAAAAUGAUAAGAGGCGAACACACAACGUCUUGGAGCGCCAAAGGAGAAAUGAGCUGAAGUUGAGUUUCUUUGCUUUGCGUGACCAAAUACCUGAGGUAGCCAACAAUGAAAAGGCACCCAAAGUUGUCAUCCUUAAAAAAGCCACAGACUAUGUACUUUCUAUUCAAACAGAUGAACACAGACUGAUUGCAGAGAAAGAACAAUUGAGGAAGCGGCGAGAACAGUUGAAACACAAAUUUGAGCAGCUAAGGAACUCUUGUGCAUAGAUUAGAAUAAUCUAAUCCAGACUGAAAUAAAAUAGGAUUUCUAAUAUUACUCUUGAACUAUGCCAGUUCGUAAAGUAUGGAACCAUUGCAAUUGCAUGCUGUUCAAAAUAACUCAAGACUACACAACCUUGGCUGGAUCUUGGAAAGGUUUAGCCAUAACCUCAAAACUGCCUCAUAAUUAAUACUUUGGGCAUAAGGACAGAUGGGACUUUUCUUCAUGCUUGGGGAUGAACUUUUCAAUUUUGUUCUUUGAAAAUUUUGUAUUUAAGUCAUUUUUCUUAAGACAAUUCCAAAAAGUUGUCCUCAACUGGCUGUAUAUAUUUACAUACCUUAUUGCUAUGUCCAUACCUUUAUUAAAGUCUUUAUAGACAAAUGUGCAACAUUUGUGAUACUCGGUGGUUGUGGCAACUGGGUUUAUACUUGUUUUGAACUUCUGUGCCAGAACAUUUCACCGGUUUGUGUGUUUUAUUUAAAUACAUUUUUCUUUUAAAAAUUGAUUUAUUUUGUUUUUAGACAAAUAAAUAAAUUGCCCAAAAUAUAAUUAGUUAAACCAUG